AUCACGAUCGAAAUCCAUUCCUUUCUAAUUAGUCAUGGAUAGAUCGACAUGGAAAGAGAUCGGCAAAGAUUUCCUCGCAGAGAGAUUGAAGGAUCGAGUAGGGUAUUAAUGCGGCCACCUGGGCGGCUUUGAGGCCGACACAGCGCCUGAUCGAAGCAGCAGCAGUGCCGCCGCCAUUGCAUCUCCUUCCCCACUUCGCUUUAAAACCUUAUCGGCUCUCUUCACGUGUUCCUCCCCUGUCUAUUUAUACCUCUGCUCGGUCGAUCCGGAGGGGGCACGCAUCGUAGCGACAAUAUUAGGGUGAAGAUCGGAUGGAAGGUGGAGGAAAGAAGCCGUCUUCAUGGUCGGUCGCCGACGAGCUCUUCCCCGCGGGUAAGGAUGUUGAGUCCUCCUCGUCGCCUGGCUACUUUAGCACCGUCUUCCCCCCUGCGUCCGCGGUGGUGGGUAAAGAUUCUUCACAGAGCGACUUGUACUGGACGUUGAGCAAGCCAAAGAUGGAUGGACAGGCUGGGAACGCUCAGGGCGUAGCACCAGGUGGUAAAUCUCAGAGCAAUCCAGCUAAGAAACAAAUGAUGCGGAACAAAGAUGGAGAACCUGUAGCUCCAAAUCCAUACGAAGAAUCUGCCUAUUUUAGCUCUUCUGUGCACUAUGGUGGUCGUGAUUUCUAUGACAGUUCAGCAUCCACUCAAGUUUCUGGAUCACCAAAAACUUAUAAAGAUGGCAAUGGGGAGAAUCCAAAUGACUCUGAUGCUGCCAAUCGUGGUGAAUGGUGGCAAGGUUCUCUGUACUAUUAAAGUACCAACUCAAUGAGUAUGCUCUCACUCAAUAUUUAAAGAAGAUCUGUCAGAGAGUUGCUGCUGUUCAUGUAUCUAGUUCGCGACGGUAAAAAUAAUCCAGGAGUCUGUUCUUUGCCUCUUUUGGUUGUGGCAGUUUAGUUUAACAGGUAGCAUGGGACUUGGUCGUUGAAGUAUUUCAUAGUCUUGUGAACUGUUUAUCAAGUCUAGGCAGCAAACCUUCGCCUCCUGCUUUUAUACCUGUGAGGUUGUAAGGUCGCUCAAUAUGUUUCCGUGACUCACUAAUGAAAAAAAAUUACUCUUCGUAAUUGAUAAGCAUUUU